GCUUUGAACAGUACAACACACAAAGAUACACAGAUUUAGGAUCUUUGUCUAAGUAGCUGUGACGAGCCAUGACAGGCUUUUUUCACGUUGCUGUGGCUGUGCUCAGUCUUCUGUCUGUCGGACAGUCAGCUCCUGUGAGCAGCUGUGAGAGUCUGAUCCAACCUCUUGAAAUCCAGGGAAGAGAGCAGCUGCUGGGCAAGUGGACGUAUUUAGCAGAAAGCACAAACAUCCCCGGAUCCAAUUUUCUGACAAAGAUGUUUGUGGAGACUGCCUGGGGCGAAAUCACUGCUGCUAACGAGAGUGGUGCCAUCAAUGCUAUUCAUUCUCAAAAAAUGUUCGGCCGCUGCUUCACUCUCAUAAUUAAGAUGACCUUGGAAAACAACACUCUCUCUAUGCUGCAAACUUUCACUACUUCUACGGUCCUACUGAAUACUGGCUGCCCCGACUGCCUUGUUUCCUACUCAAAAUACACCAUUGGAGGAAGCACAUACAGUGGUAUCCAGCUAGCGAGCAUGAGAAAUAAAGUGACUGCUGCUGAGCUGGAAGAGUUUACCAAGCAGGUAGAGUGUCUGAACUUAACACCACCUACUCUUCUGGAGCCAGAAAAAGGUUUCUGCCCAGAUGGGUCUUCCUCCCAAGAAACAACGACCAUUGAUCUGACCAGUUUCUCGGAUGACACGGCUUCUAAAGUUAUCAACCUAUUUGACAAAAUGAUCAACAGUGAAGGUGGACUGAAGAGACUUACUGAAAUGAUCUCCAGUGCCAUAGGUGGAUUAAAAGAAAAUUAACAUUGUUAAAAAUGUCAUGCCAUGCUUAAAUAAGAAGAGGCCAUAUCUGACAAAAGGAAAUUCUGUCAAUAAAAACACUAAAUUAA